AUGCAGGGUUGGCGUGUGACUAUGGAGGACUCGCACGCCACUAUUUUGGAUCUCAAGCAGUUUGCGAAUAAGAAGAGCAUCGGGUCAGAAAGUGGCGGCGCCAGUGGUUCCGCGUCUGGCAGCGUGCCCGACGAGAAAGUAUCGUUUUUCGCUGUUUAUGAUGGCCAUGGAGGCGAUCGGGUAGCACUUUUUUCGGGCGAAAAUGUACACAAAAUUAUUGCUCGUCAAGCCACGUUUGAUCGUGGUGAGUAUGGCCAGGCAAUCAAGGACGGCUUUUUGAGCACCGAUAGAGCUAUUUUAGAAGAGGGCAAUGUCGACUCGUCGGGCUGUGCCGCUACUUCUGCUAUUGUCACUGAUAAGAGUAUCAUUGUUGGUAAUGCUGGUGAUUCGCGUACUGUAUUGGGAGUCAAGGGUAUUGCUAAACCUCUUUCUUUUGAUCACAAACCUCAGAACGAGGGCGAAAAAGCCCGUAUUUGUGCUGCUGGUGGUUAUGUAGACGUUGGACGUGUUAAUGGAAACCUGGCUCUUUCACGAGCUAUUGGCGAUUUCGAUUUCAAAAAGAGCGCCGAUUUGCCUCCAGAAGAACAAGUGGUUACUGCUUAUCCAGAUGUGUUAGAACACGAAAUCACACCUGAUGACGAGUUCUUAAUUCUUGCUUGUGAUGGUAUUUGGGACUGUAUGCAUUCUCAACAAGUUGUGGAGUUUGUUCGACGAGGUAUUGCUGCUAAACAACCUCUGGAACUUAUUUGUGAAAACUUGAUGGAUAACUGUUUGGCUCCUGAGACUGAUAUGACCGGUAUUGGAUGUGAUAAUAUGACUGUUAUGAUCAUUGCAUUACUAAAUGGACAAACUAAAGAGGAAUGGUAUGAGACUGUUGCAGGUCGUGUAGCUCGUGGCGAGGGUCCUGUGGCUCCUGUAUCCAGUGCUGAGAUUAAAGGAAAUCCUUUCAGUAAUAGUCAUAGUAACAAUGGCCGAUCCACUGAUAAUGAGUAUGGUUCUGGUUCAGGUGGUCGUGCUGGUUCUGCCGGUGGUAGUAGUUUGUCAUCACUGGCUUUACAACAGCUUAUGGGCCAAGUGCUGCCUAAUGGGUCAUAUGUGAUCCAGUCGGAUAACAGUAAUGCAUCUUCACUAUUUGCUAAUAUGGGUUUGUCAUUAACUGAAGAGGAAGACGACGAUGAUGACGAGGAAACCGGUGGAUCGCGUUCAAAGGGUCAUAUUCAAGAACUUGACGAUGACGAUGAAGACGAUGAAGACGAUAAAAUCGACGCCGACGACGACGACGACCAUGAACUCGCCAGUCAUAAUAGUAAAGUCGUAGAGGUCGAAGAUGAUUAG